UCUCCUACGCUUCCUCGAUAGAAGUUAUAGAAGCAGCCAUCGAAUAAAGUCAGAGUCGUGUGAAUUCUCUUCAAUUAUUACCGGGCAAAAAUGUUGGCAUUGAACAAGUUCUUAUCCAAGGAGGGAUUGAUUGGUUUGGCAUUAGGGCAGUUCGUGUCACUCCUGAUCACCUCGACAGGAUUUGCUUCAUCCGAGCUCUCCCGAAAAGGAAUCAACGCUCCGACAUCGCAGUCAUUCUUGAAUUAUGUGCUGCUAGCAGUGGCUUAUGGGGGUUGGAUGAUCUAUAAGAAGAGAUCGCCUCAGACAAAAUGGUAUUUCUAUUUGUUGCUAGGCUUUAUUGACGUAGAGGCUAAUUUUCUUGUUGUAAAGGCUUACGAGUAUACAUCUAUAACAAGCGUCAUGCUGUUGGACUGUUGGGCAAUUCCAUCUGUUAUAUUUCUUACCUGGAUAUUCUUGAAGACCAAAUACAGAUUCAAGAGAUUCGCUGGUGUGGCCAUUUGCAUUGCUGGCCUUGCUUUAGUUGUGUUUUCUGAUGUCCAUGCUGCUGAUAGGACAGCCAACAACAGCAACCCUGUGAAAGGGGAUUUGAUUGUUAUUUUUGGAUCCAUGCUUUAUGCAGUUAGCAAUGUUGGUGAGGAGUUUUUGGUCAAGACGGGGGACAGAACUGAGCUGAUGGCAAUGCUUGGUGUUUUUGGAGCGAUUGUUAGUGCUUGUCAAAUAAGCAUUUUUGAACACAGCGAGCUUAAUUCAAUUCACUGGACACCUGCUGCGGUGUUUCCAUUCUUUGGAUUUUCAUUGGCGAUGUUUUUGUUUUAUACUGUUGUUCCAUUCUUACUUAAGAUAAGUGGCUCAGCCAUGCUAAACCUUUCUCUGCUCACUUCAGAUAUGUGGGCAGUUCUCAUACGCAUCUUUGCCUAUCAUGAAAAGGUUGAUUGGAUGUAUUUUCUAGCAUUUGUUACAGUUGCUAUUGGACUUACAGUAUACUCAUGGGGUUCAGAAGAAGAUGAGAAAAGUUUCCAGACAACAUAUGUGAAUCGUGAAGAAGCCAAAGGCAGGGACGAAGAGGCUUCUAGUGGUGAUUUUCUCCCCGGGCCAUCAUCGGAGAUCCAAGGAGAUGGUGGUGGGAAGGUUCCUUACUCUGUUAUCAGGAAUGAUGAUGAUCCCAACAACUGAUCCGGGACAUUCCAUAUGUAUAUUGCUAGCAGUGGUUACAAGCAUUUCUGAUUAAAUUAUUCAGAUCUGCUUAUUUUUUAUGUGUGACAUUUCAUUCAAAUUCAAAUUUUUUUUUUAUAUUUAACGGUAACAUAUGUUUUACUGUAGAUAUUUAUUUUCUUGCUUUGUAGCCUUAAUCAUGCUUCCCUAUUUGGAGAAUUAAGAAGCAUAAUGAUCACAAUGCGCUGGAGAAUUUAA